UAAUCAAAGUAAAUAAAAUAAAAAAAAAUCAGUAAUUUAACAGUUAAUCAGUGUGUAACAUUUUCAGUUAAUGUUAUUUGUUUCUUUUUUGAACAAGAGAAUUGUACUGAGAGACCUGUCAUUCUUUUCCAUGUGUUUGUGUCGUUUGUGUAUCCGUGUGUGAUUCUAAAACUGUCACCGUUUGUGACAUACUUAGGUUAAACUCUCCUGUUUUUAUUAAUAAUACAAACUCUUUUUAAACUUAAGUUAGAAUUUUGUUUGUAAGAAUAUUUUUAGUAAAUUUAGCAUUGAAAAGUGAAGUACAACAUUUUUUGUUCUUGAAACAAAAGUGAACAAAAGUUUUUAGAGGUUAGGUGGCGCCACGUGCUUAAACGAGCACGUUCUCGAAGAAGCUGUCCAGGUUCUUAAUAUAAUAAAAAUAAUGUCUACUAACAGUAAAGUAUCUGAGGUUACGGAAAAAAUAUCCGACAUGGAUAUUGAAGAGCCGACGAAAAAGUUGACACAUAAGGAAAAGAAGAAAUUGAAAAAACAACAAGAAUAUGAGAGAACUUUGGAAAUGAUGACCAAGACUGGUGGACAGGGUCACAGUGAAUUGGAAUCAAAUUUCACGGUUUCUCAAAGUGCUCCUCAAACACGUGGUGCACAACAAUUGGAUAAUGCCGUUGAUAUUAAAGUGGAAAAUUUCAGUAUUGCAGCUAAGGGUAAAGAACUUUUUUCCAAUGCCAGCUUGCUCAUUGCUCAGGGUAGACGAUAUGGUCUCGUUGGUCCAAAUGGACAUGGUAAAACGACAUUGUUGCGUCAUAUUCAAAAAAGAGCUUUCGCGAUUCCACCGAAUAUCGACGUUCUUUAUUGUGAACAGGAAGUUGUCGCCGAUGAUACGCCAGCUGUGGAGAAUGUCCUCAAUGCCGAUGUUAAAUGCAAGGAAUUACAAGCCGAAUGUAAACAACUGGAGGAGAAAGCAGAGCAGGGUGAUGAAUCCGUUCAAUCCCGACUGCAGGAAGUUUAUGAAGAAUUAAAGGCAAUUGGCGCCGAUUCAGCGGAACCGCGAGCACGACGAAUUCUAGCGGGUUUGGGAUUUUCCCGUGAAAUGCAAAAUCGAGCAACGAAAAAUUUCUCCGGUGGUUGGCGAAUGCGUGUCUCAUUGGCGCGUGCACUUUUUCUUGAGCCAACAUUACUUUUACUUGACGAACCAACGAAUCAUUUGGAUUUAAAUGCCGUUAUUUGGCUCGAUAAUUAUCUGCAAUGCUGGAAAAAGACAUUAUUAAUAGUUUCUCACGAUCAAAGUUUCCUCGACAAUGUUUGCACGGAUAUUAUACAUUUGGAUCAAUUGAAAUUAUUUUACUACAAGGGAAAUUAUAGUAUGUUUAAGAAAAUGUACGAGCAAAAACGAAAGGAAAUGAUAAAGGCUUAUGAGAAGCAGGAGAAGAAAAUUAAGGAUCUCAAAGCGGCUGGACAGAGUAAAAAGCAAGCGGAGAAAAAACAAAAGGAAGUACUCACGAGGAAACAGGAGAAGAAUCGUACGAAAAUACAGAAACAAGAGGAGGAUACAGGACCACAGGAAUUGUUACAAAAGCCUAGGGAUUAUAUUGUUAAAUUUAGCUUUCCUGAUCCACCGCCUCUUCAGCCACCGAUUCUUGGUCUUCAUAAUGUGACAUUCGCUUAUGAUGGACAAAAGUCACUUCUAAUUGAAACCGAUUUUGGAAUUGAUUUGAAUUCCCGUGUUGCCAUUGUCGGACCCAAUGGAGUGGGAAAAUCAACCUUCUUAAAACUCUUAAUGGCUGAUUUAACUCCCAUGAAAGGAGAAUUAAUAAAAAAUCACCGUCUGAGAAUAGGAAGAUUUGAUCAGCACUCGGGUGAGCAUUUAACGGCAGAGGAAACACCAUCGGAAUAUUUAAUGCGCCUUUUUGAUUUGCCUUAUGAAAAAGCGCGAAAACAAUUGGGAACAUUUGGUCUCAGUUCACAUGCUCAUACAAUUAAAAUGAAAGAUUUAUCAGGAGGACAAAAGGCGCGUGUUGCGUUGGCUGAACUUUGUUUAAAUGCACCUGACGUCGUGAUUCUUGAUGAACCGACAAAUAAUUUAGAUAUUGAAUCAAUUGAUGCCUUGGCCGAAGCAAUUAAUGGAUAUAAGGGCGGAGUUAUUAUUGUAACUCACGACGAGAGACUAAUAAGAGAAACUGAUUGUUGUCUCUAUGUCAUUGAAAAUCAACAAAUCAAUGAAAUUGAUGGUGAUUUCGAUGAUUAUAGAAAAGAAUUACUCGAGAGUUUGGGAGAAGUGGUUAAUAAUCCUAGUAUAGCUGCUAACGCCGCAGUGCUUCAAUAAUAUAUUUUCAUAAUCCAUUAAAAAAAAAAAAAAUUAAAUUAAAAUUUGUAUCAUAUUUCGAAACAAAAUAGGAAAAAAAAAAUUUGAUUCUAUAAACUAGAAA